GUUCAGGCUCACACCCAUCUCAUCUACAUUCCUACCCACACUUACACCCCUCGCCACUACACAAUGGCGAAGCGUGCUGCCACGACCACGGCUCCGGCCCCCACGGCGAAGAAGACCAAGGCUGCCGCUGCCGCUGCGCCUGCCUCGACUCGUCCCAAGCGCGCUGCUGCGACCAAGGCCAAGGCUGCCGCUGCCCCCGAGACCGUUGUCGACACGGUGAAGAAGAUCGGCAAGAAGGUCGCCGCUGAGAUCAACGAGGCCAUCGACCACGCCGGCGACAUCAUCAUGGACGACGUCGCCCCCACCCCCGAGGCCGCCGAGGUCAAGCCCAAGGGCAAGAAGGCUGCUGCCGGCCCCAAGGCCGUCGCCGAUUCCAAGAAGCGCAAGACGGCCGACGACUUUAUGGGAGCUGCUGAGAAGGCUGCGACGACAAUCGUUGACAAGGUGGGAGCGGCGCUCGAGGGCGUGGUUAGGGAGUUUGGCGAGGCGAGUGGGCUCAUGGAAAAGACAAAGGACACCAAGGGCAAGAAGGCUCCCGCUGCGGCCGCUGCUGCGACCAAGAAGGCCCCCGCGAAGAAGGCCGCUGCCGCCAAGGCCGCCGAGCCCGAGUCCGAGUCCGAGUCGUUCAUCGGCGCGUUCGAGACGGACGAGGAGGAGGGCGGCGCCGACAGCUCGGACGACGAGAGCGACGCCGAGGACGAGGCCGUGCGCAAGGCCGGCAAGGAGGUCCAGGCCGGCAAGAUCCCCCACGCCAAGGACGACAAGACUGUGCAGGCUCGUCUCAAGCGUGCCAACAAGAAGAAGUCUACCGCGACUGGUACCAUCUUCCUCGGCCGCAUCCCGCACGGCUUCUACGAGGAGCAGAUGAAGGACUACUUCUCCCAGUUCGGCGACGUGACCCGUCUCCGUCUGGCGCGCAACCCCAAGACGGGCGCAUCACGACACUACGCCUACAUUGAGUUCUCGUCGCUCCCUGUGGCUGAGAUUGUCGCCGACACGAUGAACAACUACCUCCUCAUGGGCCACCUCUUGCGCUGCAACGUCAUCCCAUCUGACGAGGUCCACCCCGAGCUGUGGGUCGGUGCCAACAAGAAGUUCCGCAAGGUCCCCCGUGCGCGCCUCGAGAAGAUGCGCCAGGACAAGCCCAGGACAGCAGAGCAGCAGGAGAAGGCCAACGCCAAGGUGCUCAAGCGCCAGGAGGAGAGGAGGGAAAAGAUCAAGGCCGCGGGCAUUGACUACGAGUUUGAGGGCCACAAGUGAUGUGUGGCUGUGGCGGUGACGGCGUUAGAUCGGUGUCUGUGUGCUUUGGAGACGGAGACGCCUUGCAUGUAUG